AUGUCGUGUCUGGGGGUGAGGGAGGUGCAGUUGCGGAGGGUGAGGGUACUGGGGCUGCCGGAGCUGGUGGUGUCGGCUCAAGGGGUGCGGGGGGUGUGGGCGUGGAGGUCACUCCCGUGGAGGACACAGCAGCCUCGAGCCAGCGGACUCACCCCGCGUUCCCCCCCUGGCUUCCCGUCCGUCCCGCAGUUCCCUCCUCGUUCGUCUCAGCUGCCGGUUGCUGCGGAGCCCGAGGGUGUUCCUUUGGGAGCAGCAGCAGCAGCAGCAGCAACAGCAGCCUCAGUCGCAGGGUUAGGAGAGGGUAGAGGAGGAGCCACAGCCACAGCAGGAGAGAGUAGAGGAGGAGUCACAGCCGCAGCAGGAGAGAGCACAGGAGGGGUCACGGCUGCAGCAGCAGGUGCAGUUGCACCCGCUGCAGGAGAGAGUAGAGGAGGAGUCACGAGUGCAGCAGCAGGUGCAGUUGCAGUCACAGCAGGAGAGAAUAGAGGAGCCACGGCCGCAGCAGGAGAGGGUAGAGGAGGAGUCCCGCCCACAGCAACAACUGCAAUUGCAAACACAGCAGGAGAACGUAGAGGAGGAGUCAAGGCCGCAGCAGGAGAGGGCAGAGGAGGAGCUACAGGAGCAGCAGUAGGGGCAGGUGCCGUCGCAGUAUACGCCAGUGGAGGCGGAGCAACAGCGACUGCAUAA